AUGGAAGUCGUCUCUGAGACAAGUGCCCAUCUCACAAAGAACUGCAGUGCCAUGCCCGAGGCGUACCUCGUCGCAAAGGCGAUCCGCCACGCGCUGGCGCCCACCUCGGCGCCGGCCCCGAUCGCGCUCGUCGAGCUGUACGCGAUCCUGGCCGAUGCCGCCGCCAUGAACGGUGGGCCUGGCCAGAGCUCUGUCUGGUCCGAGCUGGCCCACAUGGCCUCGCCGCCGAUGUCUGAGGAGAGCGCGCAGGAGAGCCAAGCCAUCAGCCUCGACGUCGUGUCCGGCCACGUCGCCUCGCUGAAUGCAGCCUGGGACGAGGUGGUGCUGCUGCCCGCUGCUACUGCUGCUGACAAGAACUCUGAGCCGACGCGCACGCUGCGGCACUGGCCGACGGGCGAUACGCUCCUGCACCUCGUGUCCACCUGGCACGGCUUCAGCGUAUUCCUGCCGCGCCGGCUGCUGCUGCUGCUCCAGGCCCAGGCCGCCGCGACCUCGAGCGCAGCCCUGGCGACGCAGCUGGCCCAGUCGCUGCGCAGUGCAUCGCUCGUCUCGGGGCCGGCAGCACUAGUGCGCUCGCUGUGCCGCGUGCUGGCGUCGAGCGUCGCGCACUACGUCGCGCUGUCCACGGGCGGCGACUGCAAGGGCGUCGUCGUGUCUGCGACCUGGCUCGCGCCCUUCUCUGUCCUGCCGCGCCGAUGGGACGCCAACGAGGCCAGCCUGCCCGCUGCGAUGGCCUUUCCCGCCGCCGCCGCCGCGACCGCCCAGAGCAAGCCAAAGACUGUCUCGCACAGCGCACCAGCAAGAAGCGACAGAGUCACCCCGGAGAGGCACGAGGAGAAGCAGGACGCUGGCGCGGCGCACGCGGUGCAACUGCAGCCAAAGAGAGUGCGCAAGACGAGCCUGCUCUCCCGCGUCCGCUCGCUCAGCAAGCCGAGCGCGGGCGCCAGCACCACAAACACAAACCGCGACGAAAACGAGGACGAGAACGAGGACAGGAACACGGACAGCAACGUGGACGUGAAUGUCGAUGCCAACAACGGCGCGUCGAGUGGAGACGCGACGGGCACGGGCACGGGCACGGGCAGCUCGGACUCGUCGACGCAGGUCACAAGCACGUCGACCAGCAACGCAGGCACAGGCACCGCUGUCGCCAUUGGACCGAGGUCGGCAGCGGCCGCGACAGCCUCGCACGGCCCCACCUUUUCCUUCAUCGAGCCCACGGCGCCGUCGUGCAGCAGCAGCAGCGGCACCUCGGGCACGUCAGACACGGCAGGCACGGCAGGCACGGCAGGCACGGCAGGCACGGCAGGCACGGCAGGCACGGCAGGCACAGCAGCCACCGCAGCCACGUCGUCCAAGGCAGCAAGCACGCCGAGCACGGGUGCAAGCACAGGCUCGGGCAACGGCGUCAACAUCAAGGCCUGCCUCUCGCUCUUCAAAGUCAGCCUCACCGGCCGGCCAAACAGCAGCAGCUGUGGAUCGGCAGCGAUGGACGCGUACGAGCGCGAAAAGGUGGCGCAGCGCGAGGAGCGCCUCGCAUUCAUGGUUGCCCAGAGCCGUGGGCAGAAUGCCGUUUCGACGACGGGCGUCGCGGUGGCUGUGCCUGGUGCGGCAGCCAGUGCGAGCACGAGCGCGGCGAGCGGGCGCAACGCGACCGUGGGCAACGAUGCGCACGCCAAGGUGGCCGACGCCGAGUCCGGUGACCAGCCCGUCACAUCCAGCACAGGACAGAGGCCGCAGACGGCGCUGCAGACGCGCCAAGCGGCAAAUUUGGACCGCGGGGCGGUGCCGCUGCACACGGGCAAGGGCCAGACCCAGCACAUGUUUACGCACCAGGAGGAAGAGGCUGGCGACGACAAUGAAGAAGAGGCCGACAAAGAGAAUGCGAGCGGCGGCGGCGGCACCACGACGCGCACCACGGUCACCACGGUGACCACGACGGACGUCGAGCGCUUUCCCCGGGCCAAGACGCCCGCCGUCGUCGCGCAAGCCUAGUUGCGCGCCAGAAUGCAGAGAUUCCCUGGUCUGUGCGAACUUUAAGCUGUCUUUCUUCGAAUACGCUACUACUACUGUACUACUACUACUACUAGCGUGCACUGCAGGAUAGUUGCGAGAAUCAAACAUCAC